AUGGAGAAGCAAGAGUUUACGUAUAAGACGGUGACCUACGACGACACAACAACAACGAUUCUCAAGGCCAAUGUCUACUACACGCCUGCACACAAGAAUGAAUCCCCCGAAGCACGCCCCAUCGCUCUCUACUUCCACGGCGGCGGCUUCAUCGUCGGCUCCAAAGACGACAUCUCACCCCUCCACCUCGACCUCCUCCUAAGCCACGGCUUCGUCAUCGUAGCACCCAACUACCGCCUCUGUCCCACCAUCCUCGCCACCGAAGGCCCCGUGCAGGAUUCUCUAGACUGCUACGAAUGGGCUCGGAGAGAUCUCCCACAACUCCUGCAAGCAGAAGGCGUGGCGCUCGACGCAGAGAGACUCGUCGCGCUGGGAACUUCGUGUGGUGGGACGAUUGCGCAUCAUAUGAAAAAAUCCCCCCACCCACCCCGUGAAAUCCUCGACAUCGCAGGCCAGAAAUUCCUCGGCGACCCCUGGUUCACGUCCGGCCUCCUCCCGCCAGGCUACACCUCUCUCCCGUCGCUCUCCCCAUCCUUCAUCGAGAAAGUCCACUCCGAAUUCCCUCCACCAACCUCCUUCCCCGUCCCCUGGGGCCCAGAAGGAAUCUCUUUUGACAGGCCCCGUUUCGCGUGGAUGUUCUCCUCCAGCGUUAAGGGCACGACGUUCAAGGAGAUUACGGGUGGGGAUACAGACACUCUGGACCCGGUGGCGAUCUUCAACGAUAUCGGGGACGGAAAGUGUCCGGCGACUUCUUUCUUGCACGGAGGGGAGGAUAGUCUUGUGAACAUGAAGUUCGCGAGACGGGCUUGGGAGAUUCUAAGGCGGAAGGGCGUGGAAUGCGACUUGAUCCUCGUCGAAGGAAGAGACCAUGGGUUUGACGAGGAUGUGAAAGAGGGAGAGGAGGGGUAUGAGGAAGUGGCGAAAGCCUUCGACUUUCUCAUACGACAUGUGGAAGUAUGA